GAGGUGGGGACUAUGCAACCAUUUAUUUGUAGAGGGGGAACUCCCCCUACCCCUUUUAAAUUCCUACUUUGUACUUUGCCUUCUCGAACACCAAAAUUUCCCUACUCUACUUCUCCUCUUCUCUCUCUCUCUCUCUCUCUCUCUCUCUCUCUCUCUCUCAAUAUGAGCACUUGGUUGUUGAUGUUGCUGUGCGCAGCCGUGUUAGUGAUAAUUAUUAUUGUGGGAGUAACAUCGAUCUUUCAUGUUAAGAGUUGGGUGCUCGGGAGAAGGAAGAAGCUGAGAAGAGCCCAACUCCCCGGAGGCUCUCUCGGGUGGCCUUUCGUCGGCGAAACCAUCGACUUCGUCUCCGCCGCCUACUCUCCGUGCCCGGAGACCUUCAUGGAGAAGCGCCGCCUCUUGUACGGGAGAGUGUUCAAGUCGCACAUAUUCGGGAGCCCGACGAUCGUGUCGACGGACGCGGAGGUGAGCCGGUUCGUGCUGCAGAGCGACGCGCGAUCGUUCGUGCCGUCGUACCCGAAGUCGCUGACGGAGUUGAUGGGGAAGUCGUCGAUCCUGCUCAUCAACGGCGGCCUGCAGCGCCGCGUGCACGGCCUGAUCGGCGCCUUCUUCAAGUCGCCGCACCUGAAGGCGCAGAUCACCAGCGACAUGCAGCGCUACGUGGCCUCCUCCAUGGCCCGCUGGCCUGUGGACGGUCCUGAUCAUCAUCGCCCGCACCUCGUCCGCAUACAAGAUGAAGCCAAAUUGAUUGUGUUCCAAAUACUGGUGAAAGGGUUGAUUGGGUUGGAGCCAGGGAAGGAAAUGGACUUCCUGAAGCAACAGUUCCAAGAAUUUAUUGCUGGGUUGAUGUCCUUGCCAAUUAAAGUACCAGGGAGCAGGCUUUAUAGAUCACUAAAGGCAAAGAAGAGGAUGGCUACGUUAAUUCAAAAAAUCAUCCAAGAGAAGAGGAGGAACACCAAUAGUCGCGCUCCUCGAGAUGCGAUCGAUGUGUUGAUUAACGACAGUAGCAAUCUAUUGACCGACGAGUUGAUCUCGGAUAAUAUGAUCGAUUUGAUGAUUCCUGCUGAGGACUCGGUUCCCGUUCUCGUCACGUUAGCGGUCAAGUAUCUCAGUGAAUGCCCUCUAGCUCUCAAGCAAUUAGAGGAAGAAAACAUGCAACUAAGGGAGAAAAAGCUAAUGAAGGGGGAGAAUUUAGAGUGGACCGACUACAUGUCUUUAUCAUUCACACAACACGCGAUAGCGGAAACCCUACGCAUGGGGAACAUAAUCAGCGGCAUAAUGCGCAAAGCGGUGAGGGACGUCGAGAUCAAAGGGCACUUCAUCCCGAAAGGGUGGUGCGUGUUCACGUACUUCCGAUCGGUCCACCUCGACGAGAGCCUUUAUGAGGAUCCCUACAAGUUCAAUCCAUGGAGGUGGAAGGAGAAGGACAUCAGUACUUGGAGCUUUACUCCUUUUGGAGGUGGGCAGAGGCUGUGCCCAGGGCUUGAUCUGGCCAGGCUGGAAGCUUCCAUCUUUCUACACCACUUGGUCACCAACUUCACGUGGGUGGCCGAGGACGACCAAAUUGUAAAUUUCCCAACAGUAAGAAUGAAGGGGAGGAUGCCCAUCCGUGUGAAAAGGAAGAGUUAAAAACCCCACGCAUGCAUGCAACUCUGACUCGGUCCAAGAUCCUCUUCUGCGCACGUGUGAACACGGGAUGAGAAGAACACAGGCGCACGUGGGGUCGUACUUUUUGCACAAGAGACCCUGUACAUUAUGUUGUAUAUUUACUAUAUAUAUAUAUAUAUAUAUAUAUAUAUCCUCCGUAGACCUACACUACGAAUUUAUAAUAAGAUAACAAAUGUAUGGAGACAGCUUCGUAAGAGUAGGCAAUUUUGAAAUA